CAAUAUAUUUCACAUACUUGCCAACUGUCACUCGCACCUAACCUCACUUUUAUUCAUUUUUCGUAUUUUCAACACACAGUUCACGGAUCCGCUGAAAAAUGUUUGUUUUGAAAACAUUCAACACAUUGGCGAGCUUGGCUCCAAAGGCCUCGACUCCGCUGCUCAUUCAAAGUGCUGGUCUGAAGGAUUUUAAACCGCUCAAAAGUUAUGAUGGUAUCGAAAUUCCAAAUAAGCCAAAGUUGCGAAUGAUGCUGAAAGUGCCACAGUAUACGAACAUUCGACCGCCUCGAAUGCAAAAGCGAUUGAUUUUGAUGCGAGGACCUGAAGUCGAGCACAACACGCAGCUCGUUCACAAGCAGUUCGGAGUUAUCGCAUUGAUGGGUGGUCGUAUCAAGUAUCCACACAUUGAAAUGGUUCGAUUGAGUAUUGGUCGUAAGAUGGAUACAUCGCGAAUGUUUGCCGUUUGGCGUAUACCCGAACCGUGGCAACCGUUGCACAAGAAAGGUGUUGGUGUUCGUUUGGGCGGUGGUAAAGGAUCUAUCGACCAUUAUGCCAUUCCAAUUCGUGCUGGCCGAGUGAUUCUUGAAAUUGGUGGUGAUUGUGAAUUCGAUGAAGUUAAGAGCAUGUUGAACCACGUUGCUGUGAAUCUACCAUUUAAGGCGAUGGCCGUGUCGCAAACGAUGCUCGACGAGAUCGAACAGAAAAAAUUGACGGACAAAAAGAGAAACUUGAAUCCAUUCACCAAACAGUAUGUCAUUCAAAAUAACCUGAACGGAUGCCACAAAUGGCUUGGAAAAUACGAUCAUCAUUGGUUCGGUGAAUAUCUGUGAGAUGUGAGACGAUUAUUACCUGUAGAUGAAAUGAAACAAUCGUUCCGUGUUUUAUAAAUAAAAUCCAAUUUUGAAUUAAA